AUGGUCGGCAUCCAAGCAGACAACAUCGCUGUCAACGACGGCCCUUUGACACCAGAGAAUGCCACCCUCCUCCGUCCCUCAGAGCCAACCCUCCCCCUCGAGGAGCUCCGCGGGCGUUAUGAAGAGGACGGCUACCUCUUCCUCAAACAGAUCCUCCCCCGCGAGGAUGUGCUCGCCGCUCGCGAAACAUACUUCUCCACCCUGGAGCCCACAGGAGUUCUGAAGCCUGGCACAGCACCCGUUGAUGGUAUCUUCGACCCCGCCAAGGACCACCUCGACUACCCUGGUAUUGGAGCAGGCCACGCUGGUGGAAAUGGCAAGCCCGGUGGUGAGCGAGCGGCGGCCUUUGUGGACCUUGCCCUCGAUGCACACUACCAGGACUGGUACGCGGAGAAGUUCUGCAACCAUCCAGCGCUGUAUGAUUUCAUUGCGCGCUUCUCAGAUUGGGGAAAGAAUACAGUGAGCCUGCGUCGCACAAUGCUCAGGAACAAUAUCCCCAAAUCGAAGCCGAUUGGUGUGCACUAUGAUCAGAUCUUCUUGCGAUAUGGAGAUCCCACCAGUGUUACUGCUUGGGUUCCCAUGGGUGAUAUCAAGCUCAAUGGGGGUGGAUUAAUCUACUUGGAAGACGGUGACAGCAUUGGACUUGAGAUGGAAGAAGCGUUCUAUGCCAAAGCAAAGCAGGCUGGGCUGACCGAUGAAGAGGCCAAGUCGGCUUUCAACUCGAAUAUGAUGUCAACGGGCCUGCUCUCUGAGCGCCCGGCCGAGUUUGCUCGCGAGCAUGGUCGACGAUGGCUGGUGUCGGAAUAUGAGGCUGGUGAUGUGGUGUUACACAAACCUCAUAUGAUCCAUGCUUCCACCAUCAACAAUGAUCCGGACAAUGUCAUCCGUCUUGCGACAGAUCUACGGUUCUGUGACUCGUCUAAGCCUUAUGACAAGAGAUGGAUGAACUUUUACAAAUUCAAUGAUGGUGUAUAA